ACACAGGCUGGAAAGCUCAAGAAAUAGGUACUGAGAUAACUCAUCACGCAGCUAUGUCUAUCGAGCGUGAGCCAGGGGGGAUUUCCAGCUCAAGAAGCACAUCACCGUCCGUGACAUCGGAAGAGACUCCUUCGAGAGAGCAUCAUACCCAAUCGAGCUCUCAGGAGAGUCUAAGCGCCGAGGCUGUCAGCAUUUCCCCCUGUUCCCUCCAAAGGACUCCUAGAAACACGAUAGUCGAUACCAAUGGAAGUCCCCGCCUCCUUUCAGAGAAAUACAAGGAACAUUACAAGACACAGACACUUGUUCUAGGGGAUGUGGCAUCCUUGCCUGAGUCCUACAGAGGCCAUACGGCCGGGGAAGGGCCAGCUUCCUUUGCUAACCGGCUGAAAUUAUGCGCAGCAAGAGAUAACCGGCCGGAAAUAUCCGGACCUAUCCAGAAUACUGCCGUGCAGAAAAUGCUGCUGGAGACUAGCGAGUCUCUAAACCGCCACAUCGAGAGCGAGAACACUACUAUAAGCGAGGUGUUUGAGUCAUUCCGGAAGAACUGCCAUGACAUGCUUGACCAGCUCUCAGAAGCUCGGGAGGCACGGAUUAGAUUAUGCCAGCAACAGAUGGAAGGUAUUCGCAAACAUCAUUCCAAGAUCUGCGAGGAACUGGUUCACCGGAUGGAAAGAGAUGAGAAGCGAUUUCAGAAGCUCCUCGGCAUCAAUUAAACUUCUAGAUAUGGUUUCAGGCGAUCUUGCAUAA